CAGUCUCAUACCUCCACAACACGAUAGUGACAAAAUGGAGGACUUACCUGUAUGAGAGAACGACAAGUCGAGAGAACUUCGGAUAAGUGUUUCCAAAUGAGUGGUCGAGUUUUCCAUUCGUGCUUUUGUUUUUAACGUUGAGUAUUUUUCGUUGUUGAAGAGGACCUUAUUUCAAAAAAUGCGCCACUUUUUGAUUCUAGCCAUCUUCUUGAUGGUAACAGACUUCACUGUGGGAGUGAAUGUCAUUUGUCCGACGAAACGCUAUGUGGUCAUCCUAUUUCAGCCUGUGACUCUUAGUUGUGAUUACACCACCACAGCCACAUCGCCUCCUAUCAUCACUUGGAAGUACAAGUCAUUCUGCAGAGACCCAAUUCAAGCUGCCUUGAACCCUGGAAGUGCAGAGAACACCUUGGCCCAGGCCAACCCCAACUAUAACCCCAACAUUGAGUGUGCGGACAGUGCGAGGACUGUACGCAUAGUGGCUUCUAAACAGACUUCAGUCACACUAGGAACCGAAUACCAGGGCCGCAAAAUCAGCAUCGUCAACAAAGCGGACCUCAACAUUGCACAGACUGCAUGGGGUGACAGCGGUGUGUACGUCUGCAAUGUUGCUUCAUCAGAGGACCUCUCAGGAAAUGGCGAGGACUACACUGAGCUCAUUGUGUUGGAGAGAAAGUCAAAUACUACAGACCUGCUGCCUGGCAUUGACUUACUGAUCAUGGAAGACUGGUUGUUGGUAGUGUUGGUGGUGCUCGGCUUCCUGUUGCUGCUGCUCUUGAUUAGCAUCUGUUGGUGUCAGUGUUGUCCUCACACAUGUUGCUGUUAUGUGAGCUGUCCCUGCUGCCCAGAUCGCUGCUGCUGCCCACGGGCACUUUAUGAAGCUGGUAAAGCAGUGAAAGCAGGAGUUCCCAGUCAGUAUGCAGCAAGUCUCUUCGCCCCCAGCAUGUAUGGGCAGCCAGUUUAUGCUGUGGGGGCACAGCCACCUCCCAUCCCAAUGCUGCCUAUGCCACAGGGUGUGACUGGCAUGCCCCCUAGUGGCUAUGGCAGGGAGUUUGAUGCAGCCAGUUCAGUUGGUCAUGGAUCUCAGGUACCACUGCUACAUGACCAUGAAGGAGGUGCAGGCCAGACUCGCAGCGGAUAUCGCAUCCAGGCAAAUGAAAAUGGGGACCCUACUCGAGUGCUAUACUACAUGGAACGAGAAUUGGCCAACCUGGACCCCACUCGCCCAGGAGACGCAGCAGGCAAAUACAGUCGCCCAGUGGAUAGCGUAAGUGAGAUCAGCUCCCUGCAUGAUGGUGGUGACCCUCGUAAUCGUGGUCGUGCCAGACCUCCACAGCUGACCACAGUGUAUGAUGAUGAAAACAUGAGCACCAUCAGCAGUGUGUCCCAGAACAUUCGCAGAGAUGAGCCCAGAAGGCCUGGACCUGGACCUGGACCUGGACCUUUACCUGUGGGCAACCGCGGCCGUGCUCGUUCCAUGGAUAAUCUUGAUGAUAUUGGCCGCCGUUACAGAGACCAUGAUGAUUAUCCCCCUAGGGACAGAGGAGGCAGAAGAGGCUCGGAUGAUGAAUGGAGCAGCAGCGCUCGUGGACACGAUCGAGACUUUGAAGAUCGACGCCGGCGUGACUAUUCCCCAGAUAAUCAUCGCUAUGGCGACUCUAGGGGUACAGGUUUUCAGGGCCGUCGCAGCCGUAGCCGUGACGACCUGAUGGACUUGGAGCGUGAGAGGGGUCGUGGAGGUCGAGAUGCAUAUGAUGACAGUUUCCUGCGGGAGGCCAUGGAGAGGAAGAAGCUGGGCGAGCAGCAGCGGGCUCGGAGCCGCGAGCGCCUGGGCAGUGACAGUGACCGCUCUGACCGCUACAGGGGGGCUCAAGGGGGGCCACCCCCACUCCCCCUCACCCGGCCUGCAGGAAACCCCGAUCGCCGUGGCAACAGCAGCUUCCCACCUCCUCCUCCCUACAAUGAGGAUACAGAUAGCUUAGCAUCGUCCAAGAAGAGUAACCUGCGCAAAAACGGAGCUGUGAGUCGUGAGAGUUUGGUGGUGUGAAGCAUAAGCUCAGUGAGCUCUCUCAGCAAGAUGCUUAUUUGAUGCAUUAAUGCAUUUUGUAAGUUUGUAUCUUUCAGUGAAUUUAUGUAAGGUUUUAUGAGCAAAAUAUCUGUCUAUAUUUUUAUGUAUACAUUUAAAAAGCAAUAUUGUGCUAAAAACUGAGGUUUUGAAAACUCUUGAGUCCAUCACACCUUUGUAAUAUUGAGUUUUUUUUAAUAGUUUACAGAUGACUGUGCAGUAAUAAUUGAUUUAACAAUUUUUAAGCUCAAAAACAAAGUGUAAAAAAUGAACUGAUUUUCAGAUUUCUUGCUUUUUACAAUAACUAUUUAAUAUUACAAAAGUUUCCUUGCUACUCAAUUUAUUACCAUAAUGACAAUGUCUAACCAUACUUGUAUAUUGCUAAUGUCUAAUGAUCCUUGCAUACAAAAAGCUGUUGGCUGUCUGUUGUAUGUUAAUUUUAGAUAUGUCAUGAUGCCAUAAAAAUGUGCAUUUCCCAUAUUGUCUGGUUUGCCACUGAAUUAACCAGAGAUUGUGUAAAUUGUUUCAUACACUUUCAUGAAUAGAUUUUCAGUAAUUUGCUAUAGUUGUAUAUUUUUGUUCAGCUAUAAUGUCUGUUAUUGGUUUACAAAUCAUCUUACAAUAAAUCUUUUCUACAUGACACGA